CUGCAGUGCGCGUGCGCGGUUGAAGUUGCCGGUGGCUUAAGAUCGAUCCAUUCCUAAAAGGCUAAAACCUCCAGACGACAAAUAUCUACAAGUUUUCUUCGUUCUUCAUUAAAGAUCUUCACUUGGUCUCUCCUUCAAUACCCACAAUGUUCAAAAAGUUUUCCGCGGAAGAUGUUUCCGCACAAAACCAGGUCAAGGCAUCUGUACAACGCAAAAUUCGGCAAAGUAUUGCUGAGGAGUACCCUGGACUUGAGCCAGUGUUGGAUGAUUUGCUUCCGAAAAAGUCUCCCCUGAUUGUUACUAAAUGUCAAAACCAUCUAAAUCUGGUUGUGGUUAACAAUGUGCCACUGUUCUUUAACAUUCGUGAUGGACCUUAUAUGCCUACCCUAAGACUACUUCAUCAAUAUCCAAAUAUAAUGAAGAAGUUACAAGUUGAUAGGGGUGCAAUAAAAUUUGUCCUUGCUGGCGCAAACAUUAUGUGUCCUGGCCUUACGUCUCCUGGCGGUGUUUUGGAUGAUGAAGUUGGUGCAGAAACUCCUGUGGCCAUAAUGGCUGAAGGAAAGCAGCAUGCUCUUGCAAUUGGCUUUACUAAAAUGUCAGCAAAAGAUAUAAGGGUAAUCAACAAGGGAAUUGGGGUGGACAAUAUGCAUUAUCUUAAUGAUGGUCUCUGGAAGAUGGAGCGCUUAGAUUGAGGAUUUUGAAAGGCUAAUUGUGUGACAUCUUCCACAUUAUUAAAGGAAAACAACUUGUCAUGAAGCUAUAUUUGGCAGCGGAAUCCCUGUGUUUUGGGCAAUUGCAAGAUCAUGAAAGCUAAAGGACCUAUUUGUCCUCUAUGUACUGAAGGGGAAUAGUUUUAUCAUACAUGCACAUCAAUCCUUUGAUGAGUUUCCCUUAUGAGUUGAUAAAUUUGAUUUUGGUAUAAUGGCUUGCAUUUCAUAAGUAUUACCGCGUUUUCUUGAAAAAAAAUGUACUUGUGAAUCUGAACCUCCUCAAACAUCAGUUUCGCUUCUCUUGGCCUCGUGGAUUUUCACUCUUGCUCAAAUAGAGUAUUGGGCAAACAGAAUGGUGGCAAUUGAUGGAUUCUUGGAGCAUGACAUACACAUGUACAACUCCAUGUCCUGAUUUUUUUUUUUUUUUGGAUCUUGGGGACGUGGGAAUUUGAACGUUUU